UGAACAAUCAAAAUGUUAACGUUAAUGUUACGAGCGAAGGAGUUGGUUUCAUGUUACACUUACCUGCCUGCAUCGUUACUCUGCACAGUGGCCGGCAAUUCUCUGUAUUAUACUGCGGCUGCUGCUACUUGCUGGCAGCCACUUUUCUACACUGUUAUUUGGUGAAAGCCAACAGUUGGUUAGAUAGCGGUAACACGAGCUGCUUGAAUAUUCAUUUCCCCCAACCAAGUUCAACGAGUUAAUUUGGUCAGUUUGACAAAGAUCACUACCGUACACUGCGUCGGUUGUGGGUAUGCAGAGCGGAUUAAGCCAAUUCUAUGGCCUUAAAAUGAUUUUCAGUGAUCCUAUACGAAAUAUCGUGUGAAAUCCGGCAUCUUUCUGACGCUUCACAAGGAUUACCAAAAUGCCGCACUGGAAGUCGCUGCUGGACUGUCCCGGUAUGCAGCUGCCGUUCGUUUCCGGUCUUCUAUCCAAAGUGAUUGUGAUUUUUUGCAUAACGUGUCCACGUUAUGCCGAUGCCAGAGGUAUAAGUGGAUCGGAUGCGGAUAUCCUCCCGGCCGCGGGAGCUAGUCAGGUAGCGGCAGAUGCUAUCCGGUCUCUUGUCAACGCCACCGAUGAUCAGCGCCGCAACACAUCGUUAACUUUCGCCCGUGAUGAUGCGGCCCCAUUAUCUACAUCAGGCUCAUUAUUAAGUCCAUAUUCAGCAUGGUCCGGGAAUGCUAGCACGACAGUACCGUUGACAGUCCAUCUUCCAUUUAGCGGUGCAGAUCAAGCGGCCCCACCCCGUCCGAAUAUGACGGUCACGGCCAGUCCCAGUACUGUUCAGCAGCGGAAGAAUGGCAGCAAUUGUUACUUCCCCUCGGAAUAUCAGGGCAUUUAUCAGGUGCAAUCAUCCAUUGAUCCGCAAGGCCGCGUGCAAUAUGAUCAGGUAGAAAUUGGACCACAAGACAUCUCCGUCUGGGGCACCUGCCACUCCCUGGUCGGCCAACAUGUUCUGCUGCAUAUCGGGGGAGAAGCCGGUGACUGUUUCCGGUGCAUUCAUCUGUCCAUGAAAACUCCAUCAGUGCUGCAGGUCUUUCCCGAAGGUUUGCAAGAUAAAUGUUAUACAAACGAAGAAGCUGCUCGAUCAAAGUGUCCCCAGCUCGCUUCUCUCCGACCGGGCGAUGGUAUUUUUCUUUGGCGAAAAUCAGGUUCCAUUGAACCGGCGACUUUGGUAACGGGGCAAAAUAUUUACCGAACGCUUUGUCCAUUGGAAGGGGAGUUCACGUUUAAAUAUUAUCUGAAUGGCCGGCCGCUGUGCGAAACCGGAAAUGCGCCAGUCAAUAUUCUGGACGGUCCGGAAUGGAGCACAAAUACUCCACAGCAGCCGCAUAAUGCCGCAGCGCCAACUAUUAGCCAGCGCAGUGCUGCAAAUCUGGAACAAAGUGAUUUCGAACAGCCAUUAUCCUUCAUUAGCACAUGUCCAUCCAGGGACAUUUUGCACGCUACAUUUCGGACGUGCGACAUUACUGACCGAGAAACGAACUUCAAAUGUUUGGGAACAUGGCCUGGCGAAGAUGGGCAAUCGUACAUCGGUCUAAUGGAUUUCUACGACGAUUCAUAUGCUAAAUAUCGUUGCGCAUUGUUCAAGGAGGAAAAGAUCCACUCUGUGACCAACGGAGUACCACUAACAAGUUCCGUCUUCCAUGUUUCUCUCUCACCGGACUCAAGCUGCAACAAUGAAUUGUAUAAUGCCACGGUUGGAUACGAAACCCUUUCCUUGUUUCCCGUACAGAAAUUUAACAAACGAAAGAUCAAAGCCAAACUGUGGGAACUGAAACGUCGAUUAGCCAUGGAGAAUUCGUUGUCGAGCGGGAACGAUGAGCAUGGAACUAAUAAACCGCUGGGUCGUUUGCUUUUUGCGGGUGGCAAAAAUCCUAUGUUUGGUCGACCACCAAAAUAUGGAAUGGACAACAUGGAAGAAAAUGUGACAUGCCGCUUUCCAGAAUGGAUGCAAGGAAACUGGCAGUAUUUCUCUGUACAAAACGAUGAUCUGUAUACCAAAGAAGCACUGGAUAGUGCGGAUGCGUACAUGUACAGUGAUACCGGCAAACAGCGAUAUCUCUGUGUUGGACGAGACGUUAAAGCAUUCGGCCAGGAUGAGAGCAUUGUACUGUACUCGCAAACAAGCUGCGGUGAAGAAAGCAUUGCUUGCUUAUGGGUGCGUAAGGGCACCGGCACCAUGGAAUUUCGAAAAGGUCAUCCAAUACCAUUUGCCGAUGCCACUGUGCUAAAGCGUCACACCGGUGUGGCAACCGACGGUUCAUCUGGGCCGUCGGUAUUUCCGCCUUUUGACGUCUGUGAAGAAUCUUUCUUCCUUGGAUCCGCAUGGAACACUCAAAUCAAUCUGGACAGCGGUGUAAAUGAGAAGAUUGAGACGUCCACGUGUCCGUUUUCCGGUGAACUGGAGGCGUACAUGGGAAAUGGCGAGAAAUGCACCGCAUUUUCCUCCCAUUGUGGCACGCCGGAUGUCUUUGAAUAUAAGCUGCGUACCUGUAAACAGAAUUCCAGUCCGAAAGAUGUCGUAAUUUAUGAUGAGCGACAUUUUCGAUGCGUGUCAACAUGGAACAGCAACGGUUACAUCUUGUUCUUAACGGAGCUGUUAAAACCAGAAGAUCUGGAAACAUCUGUGGUCUCCGCAGCUCGAAGGAACAAUUCCAGAAGUAGCAAUUUUGGAUCUAACAAUAUCCAGACACAGUGUUUCGUAAUGAAGGCGCUACCCGAUGAACACGGAUAUGUGAUAGCAUCGUUGAAUUCCAAUUGUCGGCACGUUAGCGUGGAAGAAUCCGAGUGGGAUCAGCUUUUAUCACAAUCUGGAUUGAAGUUUACUCUAACAGCAAAUUGUUCCUCAUCACCGGCAAGCCAAAUGAACGUUUUGAGUAACGAUAAUGCUUCCAAUGAAAUUCCAAGCACACUAUACGGUCGUUAUCACCCUCCGAAAUUACGGCAUAAUGGAUGGAAUAACGAAACUGACGAUGAUUUUAAUGCAAUUUCAAACGCAAUUACCAAGAGCGCGUCCAGCUCCAACUCAAUAUUCCAAAAUUCCCAACGAGCAGCAAGGUUGCUGGCAGUUGUUGUAUUGACUGUGAUUUGUUUACGGAAAGACUUUAUUUACUUAUAAUUGUGUACAAAAUAUCUUUGUUGUUGUUCUUUUGUUUUGAUUUCAUUGGGGAUGUUAAAUUCACAAUCAAUUUGACACGUGAAUUGAAGAGUCUGGCCUUCUUGAAUGGUGCAGUAAUUGUGUGGUUAACAAUGGUAUUACAUAAAG